CCAACAGCUCUUUUCUACCUUAAUUAAUAGUUCCUAUUUCUCAGUCAAAAUGGAGACUUUUUGCAAAGACUACAACAAUGAUUUUGACUGUGCUGCUUAUUUAAACACUUACUUUAAAGACCCCAAGAUGGAACCGAGAGUUCUCCAAAAUUUACACAAGUUUUGGAGUCAGGUAAAUAAGAGUGAUCUGAAGGUCUUGGAAUAUGGCGGAGGUCCUAAUAUCUCACGACUUAUCAGUGCUUGUCCUUAUGUCAAAGACUUCGUCUUUUCUGAGUACGCGAAGCAUCUUCGUCAAGCUGUUCAGGCAUGGAUCGAUAAAGACCCAAAGGCAUUCGAUUGGAGGGAUACUUUUGACUUUAUCGUAGGAGAGUUGGAAGGUAAAGGAACAGACGAAGUUGUCAAAAGAGAAGAUGAGUUACGACAAAAGAUACGAGUCAUUGUUCCAUGUGAUAUCAAAUCAGAUAAUAUCCUGGAGAUUCCAGCCAGUCUCGGUGACAAGUACGGUCCACCUUAUGACGUUGUUGCCACGAGUCUUUGCUUAGAAGCAGUGGUAGAAAGCGAGCAAGAAUACAAGGAUACCGUGGCAAAAUUGGCAAAGCUAGUCAAGCCUGGCGGAUAUCUAAUGAUGCAUGCAGUAAUCCGCCAAACCUUCUAUAUGGUCGGAUCAAAAAAGUUCUACUCUUUUUAUUUGACGAAGGAGAUGGUGGAAGAAAGCAUGAAGAAUACUGGGGCGAUAAUCAUGCACAUCGACAUGGCAAGUUCUGAUACAAAAGUCGAUUACUAUCCCUUGGCAGACACGCAGGACGAGAUGUUUAUCUACGGACGCCUGUGAUUUCAACCUUAGGAAAUAAUUAUGAAUAUAAUUUAGAUCUUUUGAAAUCAUGGUGAAAUCACAUGCAAAAUAGACUCCUUUAAACAUGAUUACUAGGUGAUAAUCUAUAAUAUUGUAGAAAGAGUACAACUACUUUACAUAUCAGGGUGUAACAUAAUGUAAGAGUUUGUCUAUUUGAUCGUUAGCGAUGCUUACAUCAAUUACAGCUAAGCUGGUCUCUGUGAUUGUCGUUAUAUAAUUGUAACAAGACAAGCAAUUUAAGUCUCUAACCUAAUAAAGUACUAAUGCACCUA